CCUAAACUUGCAUCUGCAUGUUGCGUUGCAGCUUUUGACUUGACGCCUGAGCUGAGAUCUCUCCCAAUGACACUUCGAACUCCUUGUAGACGCCUUGUCAACCUGAAUCUUGACUCUCUUCGUCCUCGAAACCAACCUUUUCUCCCGCGAACAACUAUCUCUCGACAUACCACAAGACUACUUAGCAACACCAGAUCCCUCAAAAUGUCAAACGACGACGAUUACAUGGCUUUCCUGAACAAGGCCAACCAAGACACCGGCGCAGGUGCUGCGACUCAAGGAAAGACUACCUUCAAGUCAAAGGACCAGGGCGCUCAGGUCCCCAAACCCAUUAGUGACGUAUGCAAGAACGCCGUAUACACAUCCGACGCAGACGAGCCCUUCGAAGAGGUUUCUCUCAAGUGGGAGGGCAAGAAUGGUCUCCCCAGCGAGACCGAAUUCGCCAAGCUCAUCAACCACUCCUCCCCCGACUCGGCGGACAUCAAGAUCCUUGAUCCUCUCAACUGGGACUCUCACGGCAAAUACACCGACGUCAUUGAGGCUGUUCGUGAAGCCUCACAGGGUAACGAUGUUCGUGUAUACCAAGUAUCGAGAGAUGCUACAAGGACCGAGUAUUGGGUUGUUUCGCACGCUGAUGGUAAGCUGAUUGGUGCUAAGGCACUCUCAGUUGAGAGCUGAGCGCGCAUGGGUGGACAUGUAAUGAUAUUUUGAGCGUUUGGUGCGGGAAAUUUAUGAAUUAGCGUAAUGAAUACGCUUGAAUCUGCUGUAUUUGUUGACUCAUGUCUGACUUAUCGCGUGAAAAGGCAUGAAUGAAGCAUAGCCCCCAGCUCAAAAUUUCGAUCCAGUGGUGCUUUCAAGACUUUUAGCCAUCUUAGUUGGCUAAAUUAUCCAUGGUGAGAUACAUAAGUACCAAUUUCCAAUACCCAAGGUUAAUACACAGGACAAACCCGACCUGCCAACAUCACUGCCAUGAUCACCACCACCAGAGCUCAGUUGUGGGGAAAUCCAUUGACUGGCGUAUACUUCUGAUCAAUGAUGAUGUAUAUCCAGGGUCUCCUGCGUGGUGCACAAUCGUCUGGGUGUGAAUAUCCUGACACAAGCCCCACCCCUAGCUUUGGUUUUUGAUCGUGGACAAGCAUCAGCA